AUGAGUUUCCAGUACCAGGUCCUAAAAUCCCACGUGCAAUGGAACAUGGAUGGCCGUAGUUGUCCUUGUGCUUUUGAUAAUAAUGGACGAUUUUUAGCACUUUUAACCCCAGACGGUUGUCUAAAAGUUUGGGAUUGCACUGAUGGAGUCUUAAAGCAUCAAUACACACCGAGUUCUCAUUUGUCGUCGACGUGUACUUGUUUAAAAUGGACAAAUUCUUCACGUGGUUCGGCUACACCUAGACGAAAAAAGCAGAAAACAUCUCAUCAGUCAUMUGCGUCGCAAACAGUUGUUUCUAUCAUUGCAUUGGGUACAUCAUCAGGAGAUAUUCUGAUUUAUGAUAUUUCAGAAGGAGAGAUACAGCAACGAUUGACUGAUAGUCACACUGACAGAGUCAAUGCCUUGGCAUGGGACUUGAAUGGCUCCCUGUAUUCUUGCUCAAAUGAUAAACAUAUUGUAGAAUGGUGUGUAGAUAAAGCAGAGCAAAAAAGUAAAUGGAAAGCUGAUCGUCAUGGAGUGAACUCCAUUUGUGUCAGUCCUCUUGGUAACUGUCUUUUAUCCGCUGGUAGAACCAUUAAACUAUGGGACCUUGAAACUAAACAACUCUUAAAGAAAUUUACUGGGCAUGCUUCACCUGUGUCUGAGCUGUGCUUUCUAUCAAGUCCUAGCAUGCCUGAUUCUAAUGCAAACCAUGUUUCUGAAAAGUCUAUCAGUGGUUUGUACUUCUUAUCUGGUUCAAAAGAUGAACGGCUUCUCAAUGUCUGGUAUGUAGAUUUGGAGAGUAAAGAGAAAAAUGCUCUUAUCUCUUUGUCACUAAGUGAAAACCCCAACACAAUUGAUGUUGCUCAAUAUGAUGCCAAAGAAAGGUCUGUUCAUGUUGCUGUGACGUCCAGUGAUGGCUGCCUUCACAUAUUUGAGAAGACUUUAAAUGGAGGUGGAAAAAAACCUCUGAAUCCAACUAGAAGCAUACAUCUCACAACACCAGAWAAGAAUAAAACAUCAAUUCCAUUCAUCUGCUCWAAGCUUCUAUCAGCCAAGGAGCCAUCUGUAAUGGUUGCUUAUGGRUCAUUAGCAAAACCACAGUUUGAAACAUUGACCUACUCUUCUUAUGAAUCAGAAACAUUUCUGACAAGAGAAAAUUUAUCUAGUUUGUCAAUAAAACAACAUUCAGAGCCYACUGGUCCUGUUGACAAAGCUGACAGGAGCRUCCCAGAACCRUCUUCCUUAGGACCRUCAAGUUUUGCCCUUGCUAGACCAAGUAYGGCCCAAAAUGGAGCAAAAGAUGAACAAUCRWCAUUACCAAGUACAACAGAUUUAUCUCAACAGAGUUUAGAGGACAGGUUAAAAGCCAUGAGCCAUGUAACAAAAGAUAAAACGCUUUCAAGAAGAAAAACACCCACAGCUUCUUCAAUGGUGCAGAUGUUAAGCCAAGCUUUACACAGUGAAGAUCAUCACCUUCUAGAAGGUGUUUUAAAUGGUGUCACUAAAGGCAAUCUUAUUCGCAACACAAUCAGGAAACUACCGGUGCAAUUCAUYUUGCCGCUCAUCAAAGAGUUGAUUUACAGAAUCCAGCUUUCACCAAACAGAGGUGGCAUGCUMGCAAUUUGGCUGAAAUAUAUUUUGAAUAUUCACAUGUCAUAUCUUAUGGCGGUCCCUAAUGUKGUUGAGUCACUAAGUAGUCUUUACACUAUGAUGGAAACUCGUGUUGGUGUUUAUAGCAAGUUGUGCAAGCUUCAAGGAAGACUUGACUUGGUUUUAUCUCAGGUGGAAAUGCAAAAUGAAUCACAUUUAGAUGAACAAAGCCUUGAUACACCACUUGCAGUUUAUGACGAAGAAGAUUCAGAAGAAGAUGAUGUUCGCGUUGCUGGUAACCUGGCUCUUGAAGGAGAACAGUCAGAUUCCGAGGAUAAAUGGGACGAAGAAAUGGAGGACGAGGGGGACAUUUCAAGUGAUUCUGAAGAGGAAGAAGAAAAUGAAACAACAAAGAAUGAUGACAAUGACAGUGAUGAUGAUGACGAUGACGAUGAUGAUGACGAUCAACAAGACUGAACUUUAUUUUCUUUCAGAGCAUAAAAUUUUAAAAAUCGCUCCUUUCCCUAUACGACACGGAACCAUCCUACUCGCCCAGAACACACUAAUCUGUAAAUACAUAAAAUAAUAUAACAUCAACAAUUUUUGAUUUCUUGASAUUUGUGUUGACGAAUUUUAAAUGUUAUAUUAAACCAUGUUUUACGUGUCA